AUGGCUGAACUGGACAAAUCUGGGCUGCUGGUGCUUUCGGGAAACUCACAUCCUGAUUUGGCAGCAUUGAUAACGAGACGCUUGAACAUUCCGGAAUGUGAAGUCAACGUAUACAAUAAACCAAAUCGCGAAACCGUCGUCGAUAUCAAGCAGUCUAUUCGUGGCAGAAGCGUGUUCAUUAUUCAGACCGGCACAAAGGAUGUCAACAAUAGCAUAAUUGAAUUGUUGAUCAUGAUCUACGCGUGCAAAACAUCGUCGGCCAGGAGCAUCACCGUCGUCAUGCCGUAUAUGCCAUACGCACGACAAUGCAAAAUGCGAAAGCGUAGCUCCAUCGCAUGCAAGCUUCUAGCUGACAUGAUUGUCAAAGCUGGUGCUCAGAAACUGAUAACAAUGGACUUGUACCGAAAGGAGAUUCAAGGCUUCUUCUCUGUUCCUGUCGAUAAUCUGAGGGCAUCGCCUUUCCUUUUGCAGUACAUUCGUGAGAAGAUUCGUGACUACAAAAAUGCCGUCGUAGUUGCCAAAAAUCCUGGUGUCAUGAACAAAGCCACGUCUUAUGCAGAACGUUUAAAAAUUGGUACACAUUUUGACUGCAUUUUUGUUGUUUAUUUUCUAUUAAUUCACGGCGAGCCUAAAAGUUCAGACCUGGAUCAGAUAGAUGGACGUAGCAGUCCACCAUCCAUCCUAAGGGACAGCGAAGAAAAGCCACCGGUCAACGUAGUCGGCGACGUUGGUGGCCGCAUUGCGAUCAUGGUGGACGAUAUCAUCGAUGACGUCAAAUCUUUCGUCAUAGCUGCGGAAGUUCUGAAAAAACGAGGAGCAUACAAAAUUUACGUCGUUGCCACACAUGGAUUGCUCAGUGCCGAUGCUCCGCAGUUGCUUGAGAACUCAGCUAUUGAUGAGGUUGUUGUAACCAAUACAGUUCCGCAUGAAGUACAGAAAAUGCAAUGCCACAAAAUUAAAACCGUGGACAUUUCGAUCAUGCUGUCUGAGGCCAUUCGUAGAACGUACAACGGUGAAUCUCUUUCGUAUCUAUUUCGUGACGUCACUGUAGAUGAUUAA